GAUUUCAGUGAGGACAUGUGACACGUUGUGGAAAGUUGACUGAUCUUCUUCAUGCUCUCUCUGGUUUCUGUGGGCUGAACACACAACAGGUCAAUAAGACAAACCGACAAAAACACAAUCUGCUGUGGGUUGUGCUGAAGUCCCACUGCUUCAUGGUAUUACUGUGUCUGUUCUCAGUAGGUCCAAAAGAAUUCAGGUUGGUAGGAACAGACAGUCGCUGUGCUGGUGGACUGCAGAGCAGGAUCCAGGGAUCCAAAUGGCGUGAAGAACGGAAAAUAAACCUGGACCUGAAUAUGGGAGCCAAUGUUUUUUGCAGAAGACUGGAUUGUGGUUCUGCGGUGUCAGUCAUAAAAACAACAGGCAUUUUGAAAAUAACUUGUUCAGACUCUGUCAGGCUGGAGAACGGAUCCAGUCGGUGUUCAGGCAGGCUGGAGGUGAAGUCCAACAACUCGUGGUCCUCCGUGUGUGAAGAUGACUUUGACCUGCUGGAUGCAGAGGUGGUCUGUAGGGAGCUGGGCUGUGGGGCUCCUUCAGUCCUCCAGGGGGCGCUCUAUGGAGAAGUUCCGAUAUUGACCAGAGAGUUUCUCUGUGAAGGUCAUGAGUCUGUUCUUCUGGACUGUGGAAGUUCAUGGAGGAAAUCAAAAGCCUGUCCACCUGACAAAGCUGUUGGACUCACCUGCUCAGAUCCUGCUACUGUGAGACUGAUGGGAUCGAGUCGUUGUUCUGGUGAACUCCAGGUGAAAAUCGGAAGAGAAUGGAGAGCUGUUGAUGCCGAGGAAUUUCCAAGAACUGAGAAAACAUUUGCAUUUGUGUGCAAGAAGCUGAAGUGUGGACCCCACGUUUCAUUGAAAACUAAAACACUUCCAACAGAAAAGCCAGUUUUCCAGGUUUAUUCCCCCUGUUUUCAUACAUUUCCACUAAAUACUGAAGAAUGUGUGUUUAGAGAUACAAUGAGCAGCCAGACGAUGGAAAUCACCUGCUUAGACUCUGUCAGGCUGGAGAACGGAUCCAGUCGGUGUUCAGGCAGGCUGGAGGUGAAGUCCAACAACUCGUGGUCCUCCGUGUGUGAAGAUGACUUUGACCUGCUGGAUGCAGAGGUGGUCUGUAGGGAGCUGGGCUGUGGGGCUCCUUCAGUCCUCCAGGGGGCGCUCUAUGGAGGAGCAGAAGCUCCGAUAUUGACCAGAGAGUUUCUCUGUGAAGGUCAUGAGUCUGUUCUUCUGGACUGUGGAAGUUCAUGGAGGAAAACAAAAGCCUGUCCACCUGACAAAGCUGUUGGACUCACCUGCUCAGGUAAAGCUGCCAGUUAGUGAAUGUAGGCGUGUUUCUGUAACAUGUUCAAUCUCACUGGGAGCUGAUGUAUCAAUAAGCACAGACGGGAACUUUUUGUGACAUUAAGGCCACUAUAGAAAUGUCUAAACACCUGUGCAGGUACAUCAAUCAGUAAAAGUUUGAUUGAAAGUCAUCUCAAGCUCUGUUUGCACCGGGCAUGUGACCCAUAUUCACAAAACACCAAAAGAUUGUCUCCAAACAA